AUGACUACGGCGACGCCGCGUUUCGUCAUCGGUGUGCUGCAGCCAGGCGCCGAUAUCAUGCAGAUCUACUCAUCAUUGACCAUUGGCGGCUGUUCAGAGAUCUCAUUCGUGAAAGAUUUGAAGAAUUCGUUGUUGUGUAAAGCGCAAGCACUAGAAGAAGCACAGGGGGAGAUACAGGGAAAAGUCGAUGAAGAGGAGAUGCCGAAAGAGAGCAAUCGAAGGAAAAGGAAACGACCGCAGCCGAUCAGGGAGCAUUCGCCCUCUUCAUCUCCUUCAUCGUCCGGUUGCAUUCCCACUUCUCUUCUCUCCAUCCCGUCACCCGAUCAAAAUUUGACCCUCGUCUUGAAUGGGAUCGUCAACGCGGAGAAUAUCUUCGCCUCAGCGCAACAUAUCAAAGAAGAGAGUCCGAUCCCAGUGCAGACUGACACGGAAGCCCUCUCCUCCCAUUCUCCGCCAAUUCCCGAUCCCCUUGAGGCGGCUCCAUUUCUCUUGAGUCGCGUCUUCGGCGUCGGGUUGAACGAUCGAAAAGAGAACUUUCUGAGCUCAUUCGACGAUGGCGAUGACGAUGGGAUGAUCGCUGAGAAUGAGGUGUCCGAGUAUGGGAAUGGACGGAAGAAAGGACCUGUCGUUGAAUGCAAACGCUGCGCCAGCAAGAUCAUCAUGCAGCAAACGCGAUCACUUUUUCGACACAUCAUGACCCAUGCGUCACAGGAGCCGUAUCGUUGUUCGGAGUGUCUUCAGAGUAGCGCUAAUUCAUUCAAUUUGCGGACGCAUAUUUACCGAAAACACGACGGGAAAGCGGAAAUCAUCCCAAAUCGAACCUUCGAACUAGAGGCCGAGUGGCGCUCGUUGGCAAGAGAGUGUUUCCCGAAUCAACAAGAUCGAAUUGAUCGGUGCAUUUCGUACUUCGUGAACUCCGGCAGCGAGACACUCCCGUUGAACGCCACCGAAGGAAAGCCGGGAAAGGCUGUUAAAAUU